GAAUACUGCUUGAAGUUCUAGAACCGUAUAUUCUUGAAGAUAAAAUAACAGACCUUCCACCGGAAGUAAUGAAAGACCUUGUCACUCAUUAUCGCAAUCGUGGUAUGCUUCAACGAGUAGAAGAAUGCAUAUGGCACAUUAAUCCACAAUGCUUGGACAUUGAUCAAGUGGUUAAACUUUGUCGUAGCGAAAAACUCUACGACGCUUUAACCUAUGUUUGGAAUCGAUCUAUGGUUGAUUAUGUGAGUCCAGCGGUUGAACUUCUCGCAGUUAUUAGAAAAAUUGUAAUUUUAGAAAAAAGAAAAAAGAAGAAGAAUCGAUUUUCUAUCUCAAGUGGUUCUAACAAUAGUCUAAUUGAACCAAAUAUCCUCGAUGGUGAGGAUUUAGAGACUAUGAAAAUGAACGCUCGUAAAUUUUACACGUAUAUGAGUAAUAUCUUAACUGGACAUACGUAUCCAAAUGGUGCACCGCUUAACGAAGUAGAAGCCAAUGAAGCUCGAACGACUCUAUAUUCCUUUAUAUUUUCUGGUCGAUGUGUGGUAUGGCCUAGGCAAGGUGGUAAACUAAUACUGACUGCCGAAGAUGAAAUAAAUGGACCUGAGCCUACCUAUCCAUACCUUCGACUAUUCUUACGAUUUGACACAAAAGCUUUUCUACAAGCUUUAGAAAUUGCAUUUGAGGAUUCUUAUUUGAAUGGUGUUGAAAUUAUUAUGAACGGUGAUGAUUAUUAUGAGGAGGAAAUACCAGGAAAAAUUAUUAAUCGGCAAUUAUUAGUCAAUAUAUUGCUCGAAGUAAUGACGUCCGGAUUUCCGGAGACCUCGGAAUUCACACAAACGGAUAUGUCAUACCUAUACUGCUUUGUGGCUCGUAAUCUAUCAAAAUAUCCACAAUUCCUUCUACUUUCACCAUCUUCAAUACAAAGUUUGUUAAUAAAACUCAGCAACGACAAUGAUCUACGUACACGGGAAGAGCGACAGCUUUCUGUGGAAUGUCUGUUGUCUAUUUAUACACCUCAAGAUGAAAGUAGAAUGGUCUUAUUAUAUGAAGAUGCUGGGUUUUGGAGAGUUUUAGAACAUGUAUAUAAAGCUGAGAAAAAAUACGGAUUAUUAAUUACGACUUAUUUAAAAGAUCCAGAUCGAAAAAUUGAAGUUUUCGAUUGUAUAAGAGGAUUGUUGAAUCCUUGUAGUAAACUUACCGAAAAACAACAUCUGGAAGUCUUAGAAACAAUUAUGUCACACAUUGAAGAAAUUGUUGAUAUCGAUGGUGAACAAACAGCUUCAAUAAUAAAAAUGUACUUUGAUGGUGAUCAUCAAACCGUAAUUAAAAGCUUGGGAUCGUCUUCAGCCCGUCUUUUCACAUAUUUAAGAGGACUUUUAGAGCCAUCGCAGGACGAUGCCAUAAUUGGGGAACAUGCUAGGAUACAAAUGGUCGAAGAACAAGUAAUCUCGACCGAAUCAUCAUUAGAUCCGUCAAUAAUUACACCAGAUAUUCAUGAACUAUAUAUUUCUCUCCUAUGUAAAUUUGAUCCCACUGGUGUAUACCAUUAUUUACAAACUCAUCAAGAUGCCUAUCGAUUAGAAAAAGUUUUACCUAUUUGCGAAUCCGCUGGUAUUGUCGAUGCGGUGGUAUGGAUUUUAGAAAAAAGUGGCAAUGCCAUGGGUGCACUUGAUAAAAUUUUAGAAAUUGUCCAAGAAAAAAGGCUGGACAUUCUUGCAUUGGUUGAAGAGAAAAAAGAUUCAAGGGAUGACCAAUGGACAUUAAUUGAAAAAACCAAGAUUGAAACAUCUUUAAUGAAAUUGAAAGGUGUUCUCAAAAUUGGAAUUCUUUUAUGUGAGAAUAGUUAUCGACGUGCAACAUUGACUAAUGGUUCUGAAGUUUUAGCGUUACCUCAAAUGAGCCGUGCUAAUGAAAGUGAAACAGAGUUAUUAUGGUUCAAACUUUUAGAUACAUUUUUGGAUGCCACUAAAGCCGUAUCUUCAAGUGUAAUACCACCGAUUCCUACGAUGAUGUCAGAAAAACUUUUAGCUAAUGGACAGCUAUCUUCAUUUGAAAUGCCUAGAUCAGCCAUACCACCUCACAUUGCUAAUCAUCUGGUCACAACAUUUAAAUCGUACGUUCAAUCUAUCGUGAGAUCUCUACUUUUGGCAACAUCAUCGCCUUACGUUUCUUUCCCAAGACUAUUGCUUCGAUUUAUACAAUCACAAGCCAAAAGAAAUAGUACCGUCUCGGACUUUCGGGACAUUUUUGCAGGAAUGAUUGAUACAUAUAAAUAUGAAGGUCAGUUGCUGGCUAUGACCAACCGACUAUUUGAAAAGGACUUGUUCAGGGGUGUAGCAGGUGUUGUACGACAGCGUGGUAAAGGCUGGCGUCCUCGUAGGGGGACGUGUGAGGUGUGUGGGGGCCAGUUCUGGGGAACGGACAUGAACCCACUGACCCUCCGCACAGCACCUGGUAGAGGUUCAUCCGAAAAAGAAACGACCCAUUCAUCAACUAUAUCCAACCCUGCCAAUAUUGCAGAUGCCAUAACAUCCGAAGAAGAAACUCCUUACGAUAUCGAACAUGCCAUAACGAACAUGGAACUACCAGAAGAUCAAGGUGAUCUUCAAUCGGUAUUAGACCAGUCUGAUGAAGCUUCAACCUCACAAAACUCUCUAUUUCCAUUACCAUCAUCCCCCAAGCAACAACCAACGUCUCCAACGGUUCAAGAAAAUGACUUACUACUUUUCCGCUGUGGUCACGGAUAUCAUCGUAGAUGUCUUGAAACUGAAGCAAAUGUCAGUACUGAAGAUGAAUCGGAAACAAAGUGUACAGUAUGUCAGACUGAACGACGAAGAGAAAGCAUAAUUCCACUUGAAAUUAGGCGUGGUUCGCUGGAUAACUCGACAGGAAAAAACAAGGGCAAAGAUAGGCUU